UUCCGGAUAUUACUUCGUUCACUGUAGACAACGUAAAUCUGCACCAAUCCUUCGAUGUUCACUUCACCGCCGUGUGCCCUGACGCAUACUGUUAUGGAAUCAGCGUGAAUGACCUCAGCAUUCAAUACCCAGUGACAACGGAUACCACAGUUACUUAUGAUGUACCGCCCUGCACUGACUUGACGUUCACCCUCUAUUUCAAGAACUGCGCCGAUGAAACCGACGCCGGAUGCUCAACGGACUUGCCGUACAUCACAGAUCCAGUUCCGGAUAUUACUUCGUUCACUGUGGAUAACGUAAAUCUGCACCAAUCAUUCGACGUCCACUUCACCGCCGAGUGCCCUGACGCGUACUGCUAUGAAAUCAGCGCGAAUGACGUCAGCAUUCAAUACCCAGUGACAACGGAUACCACAGUUACUUAUGAUGUACCGCCCUGCACUGACUUGACGUUCACCCUCCAUGCCAAGAACUGCGCCGAUGACUCCGACGCCGGAUACUCCAGGGACUUGCCGUACAUCACAGAUCCAGUUCCGGAUAUUACUUCGUUCAUUAUAGACAACAUAAAUCUGCACGAAUCCUUCGAUCUUCACUACAUCGCCGUUUGCCCUAACGCGUACUGCUAUGGUAUCAGCGUGAAUAACAUCAACCUUCAAUACCCAGUGACAAGGGAUACCAGAGUAAACCAAUGGUUACCGCCCUGCACUGAACUGACGUUCACCCUCCAUGCCCUGAACUGUGCCGAUGAAUCUUACGCCGAAUACUCAACGAGCUUGUUGCCAUUCCAUACAAGUCAAGCUCCGGAUGUUUAUGCGUUCACUGUAGAUAACAUAAUACUGCACGAAUCAUUCGAUGUUCACUUCAUCGCCGAGUGCCCUGACGUGUACUGUUACGGAAUCAGCGUGAACGACGUCAGCAUUCAAUACCCAGUGACUACGGAUACCACUGUUAAUUAUGAUGUACCGCCCUGCACUGACUUGACGUUCACCCUCUACGCCAAGAACUGCGCCGAUGACUCCGACACCGGAUACUCAACCAGCUUGUGGCCGUACCACACAGAUCCAGCUGCGGAUAUUACUUCGUUCACUGUAGAUAGCGUAAAUCUGCAACAAUCUUUCGAUGUUCACUUCACCGCCGCGUGCCCUGACGCAUACUGCUAUGGUAUCAGCGUGAAUGACGUCAGCAUUCAAUACCCAGUGACAACGGAUACCACAGUUACUUAUGAUGUACCGCCCUGCACUGACUUGACGUUCACCCUCUACGCCAAGAACUGCGCCGAUGGAUCCGACGCCGGAUACUCAACGAGCUUGAUGCCAUACCACACAGAUCCAGUUCCGGAUUUCACUUCGUUCACUGUUGAUAACGUAAAUGUGCACCAAUCCUUCGAUGUUCACUUCACCGCCACGUGCCCUGACGCGUACUGCUUUGAAAUCAGCGUGAAUGACGUCAUCGUUCAAUACCCAGUGACAACGGAUACCACAGUUCCUUAUGAUGUACCGCUCUGCAGUAGCUCGACGUUCACCCUCGAUGUCAAGAACUGCGCCGAUGGAUCCGACGCCGGAUUCCCAACGAGUUUGCCGCCUUACCCUACUGCAGGACAAGUGGAUGGCUUGAACGUAGUCCCGUACAGCCCCCUGGGCAGUUGCUACGCCUACAGCUCUCUCCACACCACACAAGGCGAUGCCAAAACAAGGUGCUCCAGAAACAGUUUGAAACUCAUCGACUCCAGAAACAACCUUGAUGCCUAUAAGUUCUUUACGACCGUUGGUAAGGCUUGGGUUGAUCUGAAUUAUAAUGGAGUAAGCUGGACGUGGGGGGACGGGUCUACGCUCCUCUCGAACGAUGCGCUCUGGGAACCAGGCUACCCAAAACUGCCUACCAUAAGGCAGUGCGCGUUAGUCAUGAAAAAAACCAAGCAACUUCGCAACGGCAAGUGCACGCGCAAUCUGACCGCAACUUUGUGCAUUCAAUAAAACCGUUGCAAUUUCGACCCCGUGAAAAACAUGGUUAGUGAGGUGGAUAUAAAUAUCGGCGAAUUAAUCAGCAUGCAAAACCUUUUCGGAAUGCGUUUUAUUUUUCUCAGAAAUAGUCACCUGGAAGUCACCUGGAAAAAACUGGCUAUUUUAAAUGAUCAUCCAAAAAUGUUUUAACUGGCUAUCAAGAAAUUAUAACCUAAAGAGCUUUAACGAACUCCUGUAUAGCCUCAUCGGCAACACAUAGCUUAGCUAGGCAGCGAAUGGUCAAAAUUUUAUUGAAGCAAUAAAGCUUCCAGCUUUUUCCCUGUAUGAAUUGCACUGCAUUGAUCAAGCUGUGAGGUGAAAAUGAAAGCAAUAAGUAUAGAUAUGUUGGGACGCUGGUUAAUCGAACUUCUGAAUAGUCGAACCUUUGGAUGACUGGACCACCCAAUGAUCAUCGGAUCACUGACUAAUCGGACCACGAAUAAUUGGACUGACUACAAUUGGACCACUGACUAAUUGAACGUUUACGUAUUUCUUGUCAUUAGUUGUUCUCUGAAUAAUUUGUAUUAACCACGCUUCA